CUGGGCUCCGGGUGGGCUGCGGGCCCGGGAGGCGGCAGGGAACCCCGAACAAGAGCCUGGGCCGCGCCGAUAAGACCGGCGGCCCGGACUACGGGAUCCGGCUUACGGCCGAUUCUGUGGUCGCCGGGCCGCUGGGGGACUCCAGCACGGCUCUCUGGUGUCCCGAUCCCUUUUCAUCCCACCUCGUGGGAGAAGUGCGAAUUCCCUGAGCAGCGCUUCUCCAAGUGGAUCCACGGGUGGAUUGUUGACUCCUCCCACUUUCUGAGCCUUGGCCCGGGAAUCUGCAUUUCAGCAGGCGUUCCUGAUGGUUUUGAUAUAGGGGGUCACAAGACCGCACUUUGGGGACACUUCCCCAGGGAGCAAGGCACUUCCGACACAGUAGGGAGCCUAAGUGGGGUGCAUUUAAGGAUGGGGCACCAUGACUGGAUUUGAAAUGGGGGUGGUCCUCUGCCAUAGGAGAGACUGACUGAAGUAGGGGUGUCUCUUAAACCCUUGCACUCAGGUUGCUGCUGUGCUCAAGUGAUGCUCAGUGUGCAGUGCCUGGGUCAGGAGCCUUGGGGUGAGGCAGUGCUGAAGGAGACAGUGUGGGAUGCAACAGUAAGAGCUUGGAGUUGGUCCUGCUGACCUGGAUUGGAGCUAUCUCCAUCACUUACUACCAGGGCAGUGUUAGUAUAGAUCCUGCACACAUCACUCUAUUUCUUUCCUUAGUGUUCUCAUCUGUCAAUAGGCACAGUAAGUCCUAUCCAAUAGGGCUUUUGUGUGAAUUAGGUAAUGUCUGCCAGGUGGCUGGCACAUAGUAAGCACUCAAUAAAUGGGAAUUAUUAAGAGUGACACAGAUCUUGCUUUCCAGGGGCUUACACUCCCCCAAACUAGAGAUUAAACAAGUGAGGUAAAAUGUAGACAGAGGUACCAAGUAUGUUUGAGAACUGUGCAAAGAUUCUAACUUGGGCGUGAUUAGGAAGAUUAUGCAAGUAGUGAGGUUUGCCUGGGUCUCUGAAGAAUAGAUAGGAUUCCAGGGAGCUUAACUGGGGCAGCAUGAACCAGUUCCAUCUCAUGCCUCAGAGGUGAUUCUCUCACCUGGAUCAUUGUGGGGCUGCUCCCAGGACCUAUAAGUAGUGCAAGAAGUCACACCCAUGAGUGGUUUUUGAAGGCUGGACCAUGUAAUAGUUUCUGUCCACUGGCCAUGUUUCGAUACACAUGGUUUUCUGCAGACUAAUGGUCUCCUUCCGCCUUUCAUGGGAGACUGAAUAAAUUGCAGCAUCUAUGAAAGGAUCUUAACUGAUCACACAGUAAAAGCGAAUUGCCACGGAUGCAGUUGAGCUCAUUUUACACGUGCUAUGGAAUGUGCAGAUGUGGUAGAUCUCAACUUGGGAGUACUUUUUUCAUCACAGUGUUUUUUUAGGUUACAUUGAAAUGCCACAAUCACCCGUGGUUCAUCCAUUCCCAGGAUAAGUUAAGAAAUCAAAUUCUUAAAACUUCUCUAAAGUGUCAGCCAUUUUAGAGUGAAGACGUCAGAUGACUUACAAAUGUUGUUUGUUGUUCUUUUGGACCAGUCUGACUACUGGCAUACCUGGAAUUCUGAUCUCAGUUGAGGGGGACGGGGUCCACCAUUGUUUUGCAGUUUCUGAAAGUUUCAAGGCAAAAAUUCAGGUGUCAGUGGGAGCAAUGGAAGGUCGCAAGGCAGAGGAAGAGAUGUUAGAUAUUCUUCGACUGAACGUGGGUGGCUGUAUUUACACGGCCAGGCGUGAGUCCUUGUGCCGAUUUAAGGAUUCCAUGCUGGCAUCCAUGUUCAGUGGUCGUUUUCCUCUAAAAACAGAUGAAUCAGGGGCUUGUGUUAUUGACCGUGAUGGACAUCUGUUUAAAUACCUUUUGGAUUAUCUUCAUGGAGAAGUUCACAUUCCCACAGAUGAGCAAACCCGAGUUGCUCUGCAGGAAGAGGCGGAUUACUUUGGCAUCCCUUAUCCGUACAGCCUGUCCGACCACUUGGCCAAUGAAAUGGAGACAUAUUCUUUAAGGUCAAAUAUAGAACUUAAAAAGGCUUUAAUAGACUUCUGUGAUUCGUAUGGGUUAGUUUGCAACAAACCAACAGUUUGGGUUCUCCACUAUCUCAACACAUCUGGUGCCAGCUGUGAGAGUAGAAUUAUCGGUGUGUAUGCCACAAAAACUGAUGGCACAGAUGCCAUUGAUAAGCAACUGGGAGGAAGAAUUCACAGUAAAAGCAUUUUUAAAAGAGAGGCGGGAAAUAAUGUUCAGUACAUUUGGAGCUAUUAUUCAGUAGCAGAACUGAAGAAAAUGAUGGAUGCUUUUGAUGCCUGGGAAGGAAAAGGUGUUAGCUACUGGCGGGUGCCUCAUGAACUGAUAGAAUGCUGGACUCUGGAAGAGCGGCCUUUACUUGGGAGCCUAAAUCACAUGGCCCCAAUUCGAAAGAGGAGACUGGCCCCGCUUGCCGAGGAGGAAGAAGGUGUGAACUGUAAGAUGGCUCCUAAGCCUGUCAGGUUUUUGGGCCCUUCCACCAGCACCCAAAUUAAGGUCAAGAACUCGGCUGCAGUCAGGGUGCCUCCCAGCAGUGCCCUUCAGGCCUGGUCCCCGGCCACGGCACACCAGUCUUCAGGCGGGGGCGCAGCUCAGCGCUCCGCACUGUCUAAAGCCCCGUCCCCUGCGGGCACUGAGGUACCCGGGCAUUCCCCAGCUUCCCAGGGGACCCGGAGUGCUGAAAAUGGAGCCGCACACCCACCUCCAGCUAAGGCUCUACCCUCCGACAAGAAGGCCACCCCACACCGAGUGAUAAAGCUGAGGCGGACUCCCCUGUGUGCCCCCGGGCCUUCCUCGCCCGCCUGCUCAGCCGCGAAGCCCCCAGGGGACCCAGCGCUGCCCGCCACCGAGGCGCCGGCCUUGAAUGUGCGGACUGAAAACUUGCAGGGCAACGCUGAUUGAUGUCCUGUUUGCCUCCAGAGCUCCAACCCAAGUGACACUGUUUGUUGAUGUAGUGGAGGUGAAAACUUAGUAUUUCUAUUUAGGAUAAUUAUGGGAAAAAUAAAUCGUGUGCUCUAAGAAUGGAUGAGGGGAGACCACAGGUGGUUGGGGCUAUAGUUACUUCUCAUUUUCCCAACUUUUAAAUGAUUAUUUGUCUAUAGACAGUUUGAAUUUCAGGUUUUGAUUGUUUUGAAUGGUUAAUUGGUAGUAAGGCAACAAAACCGCGCAGCAAACAUCACUGAGAAGCUUACCUUGUUGGAAUGAGUAUCCACUUUGGGCACUUUCGUCAUCUUACCCAUUGCUGCCCAGGGGUGGGAGGGACUGUGGGCUGAGAUCCUCCUGUUUGCUGAAACAGAGACGGUGAUGUUAGCGCUUCCCUGAGCUACAUCACAACCAAGAGGUGGGAGAGAAAACGGAGAUCACGGUGAACUCACUGCAGGUCACUCCCAGUCUCAAAAGGCAGCGUGAAAAAAAGUGAGAGGAAGGAGAAGAAUGAUAAUGUGAGGUCACACUUGGACUUUCACUUAAUUAAAUUAUUUUCUUUUCUAGAUUGGCUUUUCUUUUUUCCAUUAGCAGAUUUAUUUAUACAUCAGAGGAAGAUUUCUCGGACUGGGAUAAGGACUGUAUAACAUCUCUUUGGAAUAAAUUGUUAAAAUAUCUUACUUUAAUUUGUAAGUGUAGUUUUAAAAGUACUUUGGAAAAGAGAAGUUACAAGUUUAAUAUUUAACUAAAGUUAAGUUUUGUUUUUCAGAAAUGACCAUUGAAAAUUCUCUGAUCAUAUGAUACGAUUUUUAUGCAUAAAAUAUCCACAUCACUUGAAUUUAAUAUUUUUAAACAGAAUAUUUUGAUUAAUCCUCUUUUUCACAACUGUUCAGUUGUGUGUGUUUACGCAUACAUGUUAUAUUUUACAGUCGGAUCAUAUAUUGCUGCCUUCAGCGUGUUAAAAAUAAGUUCAUGAAGCAGGGUACUUUUUACUUAGUGCAUAUCAUUGUACUUGCAUUGUUUUGAAAGAGUAAAGUAACUAAUUCAAAACAUUAUUUUACAAAAUAAAGUAAAACUUUUCCAUAAAAAGUGUCAUUUUCUAUUACUGUACUUGUUCUUAAGCCUUGGAGCCCUUUAGUAGUUUGAAAGCUGGUCAUAGGUUAUCUAUGUCUGUUUCCAAAAUUAAGCAAUUUAAAAAUUAAGCAGUUAAGCCUGGGUAGGUAAUAUGUGAAAUAAUUAAACCAAUUUUGGGUAGCUAUCCAAAUACCAGCAGCCUUUUAAAGUAGGUGGUUUAUUUGGCUAAAAACAAACAAACAAACAAACCAAAAAACAUUUAACUGAAGAGUCAUGAAUGACAUUCUUUGUAGAAUAUGUAAAAUACUCAAGUUACUUUUGAAAAAAUACUAGUAUAGAGAAUCCAGACACUCUGAAUAUCACAGACAGCAGUGAGUUUUGAGAACUUCCAGUGAGGACAUUAUUAAUAUUGCUUGAUCUAGGACAUUUUGAACCACUGAUUUAUAUAAGAAAAUAUUAUACUACUAAUAAACAUGUUUAUUUUAUACAUAAUAAACAUUUACCUGGAAAGGAAACACGUUGAAGAUUAAUCAUAGGUGAUUCCGUCGACAGUCUUCAUUUCUUUGCAUCAAGCAGUUUAGGGCAUGGCCUAGUUGGCACGUUCAGCCUUUAUGGGAAGAAGUUUUGGGAAUAGUUACUGGGCUGAGGUGCAGCUGAGGUGGGAAGCAACAAAUGGUCCCAUGUGGGUAUCAGGGGUCAGAGUCAUACUCAGAAUGUUGGAGUACCUCGAACCUUACUUUCUUUGAGGUAGUUCCCUGGGGUUCAGGUCAAUUUUGCAUGAAAACACAUUUUUCUUAGUACCAGACACUGUAAACAUGAAAGAGUAACUCAUCAUAACCCAUUGUUCUUCCUGGGAAAAAUAAACAUUAA